CGUCCGUUACGUGCAGUUACUGGCGUUCAAUGUCAGUUUGAUGCAUGUUUUUGUACGUUUUUUUUAAUUACACAGCUAGUUAAACCAUUACCGGACUAUCAUGCAGACAGCCGCACUUAGAGUUUUUUGCCACUGGUCACAGAGUAACAGCACAGCAAUGAUUCGUCAGUGUUUAAAAUGCAGAGCACUAACUCUGCAGCAGAGCUCUCGCGCUUACGGUGUAAUUCCGCCCCCGCGCGACAGUGAGGAGAAGGAGAUGGUGCACCGGAUGCUGCGCGUGGACCAUGCUGGAGAAUAUGGAGCCAACCGCAUCUACGCCGGCCAGAUGGCAGUGUUGGGUCGAUCGAAGACUGGGCCAUUCAUUCAGGAAAUGUGGGAUCAAGAAAAGAAACACCUUGAGAAAUUCAAUGAAAUUCUUGCUGAGAACAGAGUUCGCCCCACAGCACUGUUACCUUUCUGGAAUAUUGCUGGGUUUGUAUUAGGGGCAUCAUCUGCAUUACUGGGAAAAGAAGGGGCCAUGGCCUGUACUGUGGCAGUGGAAGAGAGUAUCACUGAACACUAUAACAACCAGAUAAGAACUCUGAUGGAGAAGGACCCAGAGAGAUACACUGAACUCUUACAAGUGAUAAAGGAAUUUAGAGAUGAUGAGAUGGAACAUCAUGAUACAGGACUGGCGCACGAUGCUGAAAAUGUACCUGGAUACUGGCUAUUAAAAAAUGCAAUACAGUUAGGUUGCAAAGCUGCAAUAUAUGUUUCCCAACGUAUCUAACGCUGUUCUUAAAGCAAUUGAAUUGUUUUGUUAUUCUGACUCAAUUUUGUAAAUGACUUAAUUUGGACUUGUGUUCUCACUCUGCAUCUUUGUAAAUGUAAAUGAAGCACUUCAACACAUUGUACCUGUACCUGAUCAUAUCUGUUAAAAUAGAGACACUUGGUGUUACCUGUCUUGGGUGUUGUUUACAGUACAUACACAGGCUCUGGGAGGCAGACAUUUCUAUAAUAAAUGUCAGGCCUUGCUUCUGUUUUCUGAAGGCAAAUUUUUACUUUUGUGUUGUGUUACUUUUGUGCUUGCUGCAGGAAGGUCAGUCUGCCUGUCUGAUAAGUGUCAGAGUGUUGAUGAGAAAGUGAGAAACUGGUGAAAUAAAGAUACUCAUGGACUUUAGAUAUUUCCAUUUGUACAUGUAUCCAGUUACCUCCACAUACAUAACAUAUUUUUCAUAUAAUUGUGCCUUAGGUUGUUUCAGUGUUUCUCUUUCGGCAAGAGUGCAAAGACCAAUAUUUUAAUAACUUUUAGCUGCCUUUGACCAAAAGCUAGACUCCCUAAACACACAUGAUAAGAACAUAUUAAUCCAAGUACAGACACACACACACACAACCACCGCUACCACCACCAUACCAUUCUGUUUCACAUGUAAUAGUUCAUAUAUCAAGCUGAGCAAUGACUUGUCAUCCAGGCCUAACUGCUAAGCAGCCUCACACAGCUGUUCUGGGUACAUUAGGUCACUGAGCAAGAAGGCUUGUCCAGGGGCCCCUAAUAUUCAUCAGGUUGUGUAGCUUGAGCCAAAUGUUCAUUCCCCCCCUGACUCAGUAUCAUUCUGUCCAUAUGUCCAUUCAGUUGUGACCCAAACCUGAUUUCUCCUAGUUUUAGCAUUUUUUUUGAGCAUAAGCAUAUGAUACAUGCUGACUCAUGGCCAGUAGUGGGGGGUAUUAAUCAUCCUGUUGGUUGAGCAGAUAAUAAUGUUAUUUAAAAAACUGAAAAUCUGAUAUUUAUUCAUUGUAUGUGAAUUGAUAAAGAUAAAAAAUAAAAUAAAAACCACAGACAGAGUCAUAGUAAAAUGUUCAGUUUGAUUGUGCGAUCAUAAGAGGUUCAGCCUGCACAUGUUAGAUUAGAUAUUGAAAUAUGCAGAUUUCACUUUCAGCUGCUUUUUAAUGGUGGGUGCCUGACUGCAGGUCAAUCUUUACAUUUGCUUUAUGCUAUUGCAGCCCUGUGUGAAGAUCCAUUUACCUUAGCAUAAGGUCAGAGGAGUUUGUUUUUUUUAAUAAUAGACCUGACUUCAGGGGUUAAUAUGCAGUUUUAUCCUUCAUUCCUGAAAAAUAGAAUUGUUUAAUGUCCAUCAGUGUUUUAGGUACGUCAGGUUUUUGUUACUCGCUAAAUACAGAAACUAAACCAGGGUGUAUUCAUGAAUGCGCUACAGCAGUGUUUUUAAUGGGGGGAGGGAAAAAAGUGUUUGUGUUAUAUUCCAGUGAAAACUGAAAGGCUAACUUGCUAGGGAGCAAACGAACACCAGUUUUUCUGACUACUGCUACUGGAGCGCUGUCAACUCGGGUAUGACGUCAUUUCCAGCUCCAACGUUCGAGGUAAAAGGAAAGCACCAGUAUAACUUUGUGCCUUUUUCUUUGACUCUUGGUAGUCAUUUUAGUUUGGUAAUCUAUGGGUAAGGAUCAUAUUUUGAACCCAGCCUCAAGUGGCUGCUUGAGGAAGUGCAGCUUUCGAGACCUUUUGUUGCUCACAUUUGAGCCCUGGUUGGAUGCGCUUUGUGAACCAAGCUAAGCACUUCAUCCUCUCAUACGAAUACAGUUAAAUCUGGCUUAAUAAACAAAGAAUCGCCAAAAAAGCUAACUCGAUGCUCCAGGAAAAGAAAUGAAUUGGGUUACAGUGGAUGAAUGCUCGCUACAGCCACUUUAUACAUAGAGUUUAUAAUUACAGUAGGUAGUUCAACUGACCCAUGAGUGUGGCUGCCAUAAUCCCCAUCUCCCCAUUAUUUUUCCAUUUUAUUUGUACCUGCUUGCCUUUAUUGACUGCAUGUUAUUUGAUUUUCGUCACCAAGUACUAAUUACUGUGAGCAAAGCCUGGAGUAUUCUCACGAUCUCAGGAUAGGAUGGAAACGCAUGACAUUCACUUUCAUAAUCACAGGAGGUCACCCACUAUAGAUCAGAAACAUGAGACAGUAGGCAGCUUUGCAAAUCAAAGGUAGAUCAUCAUACAUUAUCUUUGAACCCGAUUAAUAGUGCUGACAGUUUUAUAGCAAGGUGUAACUGUUUAAAUAAAGCAACAUAUGUAAAGCUCCUUUUGUAGUGUAGUGUUAGCUGAUGAAAUUACUGGUAUAUAAAAAGACGAGUG